AACAGCACUGUGUAUAUAAUGUCCAUGGCCAUGCAGAUGGCUACCUUUGCCAUUAACUACAAGGGUCACCCGUUCAUGGAGUCUCUCACUGAAAAUCGACCACUACUGUGGAGUAUAGCUCUGUCAGGUUUAGCAAUUGUGGGCCUUCUGUCUGGUUCCUCACCAGAAUUCAAUGAACAGUUUGCCCUUGUUGAUAUUCCAACGGAGUUCAAAAUGAUCAUUGCCCAGGUCCUGGUUGUAGACUUUGUUGCGGCUCUUCUGGUGGACCGUGUCCUGCAGUUCCUGUUGGGCAAAGGAGCUCUCAGGCUGCCUUCUUGAACUCAGUGCCAAUAGCUACUGCUGCCCUUACCAACCGAACUGUAAAGGGAGAGAAGACUUUGGAUGAAGAGGACAAUUAAAGCUGUUGUGACACAAACAUAACACUUGAGACGGUCAUGGCAAGCGGUACUGUGCUCUGUGUAUCCCUUCCUUUAUUCCACUCCACCCUUCUGUUACCAUCUGAGUUCCUGUGUUUAGAUUCUGUUUUCUUCAGAACUCCUCAGUUCUUCUAUAUUUCUCUCUUUCUCUUCAUCUGUCCUUUCCCCGCUGCUACAAAAGGCCAUGAAGACAGCAGUAUUGAGUGGAGUGCGAGACUGUGUGCCAGCCAGAGUGAAACACAGGCACACUAAUGGGCAUUCUCUGAGAGAAUUGCAGAAGUGUUUUUGAUUUUUUUUUGACCCUUUAUUUUGUAAAAAGUGAAAAACAUCUCUAACAGACUUAUAAAGACUUACAGAUACAAA